AUGCAUUUCUCUCAGGUUCUUACCCUUGCCCUUUCCCUUUCGGCUGCUGCCGUCAAAGCUGCUCCCGUUCCUAUCGUGAGAGGCAGCCAGCAAGACUCGUCCAAGCUCAUGCUUGGCUCUGUUCACGAGAGCCAGAUCGCGGCUCGCGGCGUCGGCAACGACGCUGUCAGCUCCACCCCUCUCCAGGCUCGAGGCCUCGAUUCGGUCGGCCGCCUUCGCAGGGCCAUGGACCUCCACUACCAGAACCUCGACCCUCAAGCUCGCGAGCUUGCCUUGGUCACUGAGCUCCAUCGUCGAGGUCUCCUUGACCAGAUCGUUGCUGCCAUCCGCGACCUUAUCAUCACCCUUCUUGGUAAGGGGGGGUGGCAUGAUGUCACCUGCAUCCUUGAUGCUCUCUUCGGCAACGCCGAUGACUCUUGCUCCGAGAUUCUCGGCAGCUCUGCCAACUCGACCAAUGCUACUAGCACCCUCACCAACUCGACCACUUCGCCUCUCGAGAAGAAGCUCGUUGCCCUCGGUGCCAAGCUACGCAACGGCACCAGCAUCACUCAAGUCGUCAACGACAUGAUGGAAAAUAAUGCCGAGACUGCUGCCGCUGCUCCCGUCAGCAAGAAGGCUGAUGCCAAGAAGGCAGACAAGAAGGCAGACAAGAAAGACGAGAAAGGUCAGGAGGACAAACACCACUCUGCCAAGAACGCCACUUCGGCUGCCGAAACCAAGACGGCCACCGCCGCUCAGAAGAAGAAGCGCUCCUUCGAGCUGCUCGAGGCUCGUCAGGACUCUGGCGUCCAGGGCCUUCUAGUCGCACUCCGCGAUGUCGUCGACACCAUCCUCAACACGCUCCUGCCAAUAGCUUCGCGUGGUGAGAAUGACGACACCUCGACUACGGACCGUUACCCUCCUAAGCCUUGCCCUCCCCCCGGCACUCCCAACGACGGCAUGUACCGAUCUGGAUGCCCCGGUUACGGUCGACGUGACCUCGCUGUCCGCCGCAGCAUGCAGGAUCUUGGCGAGCGCGAUGCCAACAUCCUCCAGACCAUGCUUCCCAUGAUCGAGAUGUUGCUUCGUCAGCUCCCUGCUCUGUUCCAAUCAAUGGCUGCGUCGCCUGCUUCCGCUGCAUCCGGCGCUGCGGCCACCGCUACUUUAGUCGGUGGUGCCAAGGCUGCUUCGCCUACCAACAGUGUGGACGAUGCCUUCUCGCAGAUCAUUUCUGCCCUUAGCGGCAGCCGUAGCAAGAGCUCUUCCUCUGGCAGCAAGGCUGCUAGCAGUGCUUCAGCCUCUGCUGCCAAGGCUCAGGCUACUGGUGCUGCCGCUGACAGUGCCGCCUCUGCUGCGCGAAGUGCUGCCAACCUCAGCCAGAACUUCGCCCGCGAUCUCCUCAACGGUGACGGCAUGAACCUUGGCAAACGCCAGGCUACCGGUACUAAUGACGACGAUGGUAUCGGCAGCGAAAACUGCGACGCUAGCGGCAACAGCGGUGGUGUUAAUGUCAGCUUGCUCAACAACCUGCUCAACGGUCUGCUGAGCGGCUUUUCGCGACGAAGGGAAGAGUACGUUCCCCUGGAAUUCUUCAAGAGGCAGACCGACGGCACCGAUGGUGACACCAUCGGCAGCGGCAACUGCGCCUCCAGCAACAACACGGGAGGUAUCAACUUGAGCCUCCUCGACAACCUUCUUAACGGACUUUUGUCCGGAUUCAGUCGUAGAGACGUCGGUAUGGUUCCGGUUGAGGUGUUGCAGCGCGACGUCGCCACCGGACCCCUUUCUGCACGAUUCGCUCCUGAAUCGGUCCUCCAGGAACGCGCCGACUUUGCGCCCGUCUGGCAAGAGAUCAAGAAGAUUGGUAACGAGCACUUCCACAAUGCCCGUGACCUUACUCACACCGCCACUGACAACAAAUCGACGGCCUCUGCCGCUAAGCGCGCCGCCUCUGACAACGACGCCCCAGACUUCACCCCUGUCUGGGAAGCCUUCCGUGAUCUCGUUGACAGUGGAUACGACCAGGCUGCCGCCAACGUCGGUGCUCAGCGUCGCGACGCCAGUGCUCCACUCAAGCUUGAUUACAAGCCUCUCAUGAAGGCCGGUAUCAACUUUGGCAAGCAGAUGUUCAAGUCGUUCACCUCUGGCCACGCUAAGCGAUCCGCUGACUACAAACCCUUCGUUGACGCUGCCAGCAACUUUGCUGCCACCGCGAUCAAGGAGAUGUUUGUCAAGUCCAACUAA